GCGGCGGCGGCGGCCGGGGCUGAGCGCUCGGAGCGCCUCGGUCGGCCGCGCUCGGCUGGGCGCGUCCCGCCCGCUCCAUGGCAGGAGCCGGAGGAGGCGGCUGCCCGGCGGGCGGCAACGACUUCCAGUGGUGCUUCUCGCAAGUGAAGGGCGCUGUCGACGAGGACGUGGCGGAAGGUGAGGUUCUAAGUUUAGUUCCCAGCAAAUAUAAUGGUGAUCAGAUGACAGGUUGGUAUGGCCAUCGCAUCACAGUCUAUCAUGUUUCCUUGCAGAAUAAAGGCCGCGCUCACUCUAGGGGAGAGUACAAUGUUUACAGUACCUUUCAGAGUCAUGAGCCAGAGUUUGACUAUUUGAAAAGUCUAGAAAUUGAAGAAAAAAUUAAUAAAAUCAGGUGGUUACCGCAACAGAAUGCUGCUCAUUUUCUACUCUCUACAAAUGAUAAAACUAUUAAAUUAUGGAAAAUAAGUGAACGGGAUAAAAGAGCAGAAGGUUAUAACUUGAAAGAUGAAGAUGGACGACUUCGAGACCCAUUUAGAAUUACGGCACUACGGGUUCCAAUAUUGAAGCCCAUGGACCUUAUGGUAGAAGCAAGUCCACGACGAAUUUUUGCAAAUGCUCAUACAUAUCACAUUAAUUCCAUUUCAGUAAAUAGUGAUCAUGAAACAUAUCUCUCUGCAGAUGAUCUGAGAAUUAACCUAUGGCAUUUAGAAAUCACAAAUAGAAGCUUCAACAUUGUGGACAUCAAGCCAGCUAACAUGGAGGAGCUGACAGAAGUCAUCACUGCCGCUGAGUUCCACCCACACCAGUGCAAUGUGUUCGUCUAUAGCAGUAGCAAGGGGACCAUCAGGCUGUGUGACAUGCGCUCCUCUGCCCUGUGUGACAGGCAUGCCAAGUUUUUUGAAGAGCCAGAAGACCCCAGCAGUAGAUCCUUUUUCUCAGAAAUAAUCUCAUCUAUAUCUGACGUCAAGUUCAGCCACAGUGGUCGGUACAUGAUGACCAGAGACUAUCUGUCGGUGAAGGUAUGGGACCUCAACAUGGAGGGCAGGCCUGUCGAGACCCACCAGGUACAUGAGUACCUACGAAGCAAGCUCUGCUCCUUGUAUGAGAAUGACUGCAUCUUUGACAAGUUCGAGUGCUGCUGGAACGGGUCAGACAGUGCCAUUAUGACGGGGUCCUACAACAACUUCUUCAGAAUGUUUGAUAGAAACACGCGGAGGGAUGUUACACUGGAAGCCUCGAGAGAAAACAGCAAGCCCCGAGCCAGCCUGAAACCCCGGAAAGUAUGUACAGGGGGUAAGAGAAAGAAAGACGAGAUUAGCGUGGACAGUUUGGACUUCAAUAAGAAGAUCCUUCACACAGCCUGGCACCCCAUGGAGAGCAUUAUUGCUGUAGCUGCCACCAAUAACUUGUAUAUAUUCCAGGACAAAAUAAACUAAGGAAGCUGACUGGAGGACCAAGUGUUGUCUUGCAUAGUUAAGCCAGUCGUUUUCCUGUCACAGAAAAGGCGUUGUCCUCUCCAUUGAGAAUAGUGAUGCACUUCCACUUCCUCAUAGACACAGGAGAAGAAGGGGUCUCAGCUGGAGUCUUGGGAGAGAUGAGUGCCGCUGCUGAAAGGAAAACCUACUCGAAGCUGAAUUGGUGGACUUUGUUCAAUAAAGGCCGUUCCUCAAUUGUAUUUAUUUAAGUCUGAGCCUUUCCAACUUACUCUUAUAGACCAAAAAACUAACAUCUGAGAGGAUAAAAAGCUCAUCCCAUCUCUGUCCAGCUCUUCCCUCUGUCUCUGCCAUCCAUCCCUGGAGCCCCAGUGGACUGCAUCACCACUGGUGCGUGGAUCCGCCCGAGCAGGCUCAGGCAGCUUUACUCACCCACUGUAUCUGCCAUCACACCUCUGUGGAGCUACUUAAUAAACACAACACACUGUGAAGUGUUUUUAAA